CAAUUUAGCUGUUGGACCCUGGCAUCAGAGUUUUGUAGUACUGACAAAUAUGUCGGCCUCUGGGAGUCUCUUGAUCACCAAUAUUAUUGUGGGAAUAUGAGAAGAGCACGUUCACGGUUUGGGAAUAUUUCCACUCGGUUUUCCUCUUGAACCUCCGUGUCAGCACCGCGGCCUGCGCCCGGACAGACGAGCUGUGUUCAAGAAGUUAGUGAGCAUCUCCAGCCCGGGCUAACAGUUAACGGCAGUGAGGCUAACGUGAGGAGCUCGUAGUGAAAUAACGGCAGGCGGGUCCGCGGCGGGCUAGCUUAGCGACCGUUUAACGUUUCUCUGUACGUGAGCCCAGCGCUGGGAGAGCUAGCCAGAUAAAUGUUCGGAUAAUAAGAAUGGAUUUAACCGGCUGUCUGUGAGUAAAACAACACGACCGGGACUGCCACUUCUCAUUCACCGUCUUUGGACUCGGAACCACCGUGAACCCCCCACCCCCCCGCAGCAUGUCAGAGAAGCAGUGUAUCACUGCACUCGGAGGUACCAUCUCCAUUUGAAAGUCACAAACCUUGAUGUUUGCCCUGACCAUGUCAUAAUGUGUCCCACUGUGGCAGCCUGCCAAGUUGAACCUGUAUUGGAUCUGCUGUCAGAGGAGACUGGUUUUCCUUCACUCUGACGAGUUUGAAAAGGCUGUAACAUCAGCAUGGAUACAGGUUGAGGCAGAGAGAAGGAGAGAGGGCAAUUAACAUUGAAGAAGCGGGCAGCAGUAAUAGAUAAGGUGUACGAAGACAGGUCCAUCCAUCAUGCCGGCCUGAACAGGUGCAGAAUCACUUGACCAACUAUCAGACUGGAUUCUCGUGAAGAGCUGAAGUUCAUAUCCAGCACUGUCACCUCUCUGUUCCAUCCGCACCACAAAGGAGGAGGCUGCUGAUGAGUACUGGAUGGGGAAAAUUGCUCACAUCCUGUUUUGGAGGUUGGAGAAGGAUACUUAAAACCUGAAAAACCUCCAAAUCCAAAUGGCCAGCGGCGUCUCCAUCUUCAACACAUAAACACCACAGUUUUCACUUUUUUGUUUUUAGGGGUCGUUUUUGGGACGUUGCUCCAGAGAGGCUAAAUCCUCCAAGGCUUUGUUGUGGGAGGGUGUUAUCCAAGCCUCAGUGCUCUCUGCUGGGGAAGGAAGCAGUGGGAAGUCCCUUGAGAAGAGGGCAAUAAAGAAACGGCCUGUAGCUCGAGGACGUCGGUUACAUAACUAACAGGCGUGGUCAUCCACUAAUACAGUGGAACAAGCGGGGGAGUAAUUGAGUAAUACUAUGUUGCCGUUGCGGGCUGAUAAUAGAUAAUGCCAUUAUCUAUACACAUAUAACCCCAGUGUGGAUCAACACACUGUUGAAUUUUAACUCUUCCUCAAAAAUUUCAGUCACAUGGAUACUAAUGGAUGUUUUACUGGAUAUUCCCUUCGAUAUUUUGGAAAGAACCACACCAUCACUUCCUGCUUUUGGUCUUCCAAUCCCAUCCGUGGUGCAGUUGGCAGGUGAGGUGGUUUGAAUCAGCCACCGGUGGGGUUUAGGGAUGCCCCGACACAGGAAAACCAGGCUACUCCACUGGCCCGCUUACAGACUCUUGUUUUUAAUACGAAUCUUGGACUGAAAGCAGAUUGUCUCCUUCUCUAACAGAGAGCAAGGGGUUGUCAUUUUUUUUUAUUUGCAAGACUUUUUUCUCACAUUGCUACAGCUGCCCACCUGCUGAUCUUCAGGUGCUAAAAACUGAUCUCCAUACGUUUUACUGUCACAGACUUUGGUACAUGAUGAAGAACGUCACAGAGGAAGGAAAAUAGAAUCAGAUCAUCAUCCAGACCAUUUCUCUUUUUUUUUUCCUGCCUCAUCUAAUUCUUGCUGUUUUUCCAUCCUGUAAGCCCACCUCCAACCAAAACACACCUACCUCUGCCAACUAUUGUACCUCACUAAACUCCCAUUUAUUGACCAAUCAAAUCAAAGAGGGGCAGUUGACAGCAGGCGCAGGGUUCAUCAGUUUUCUGCCUGUCAGGAUUUGACAGAAACUAAAUGACACAAGGGUCCAAGCUCUUUACAUCUAGAUAACAGCCACUCAAUUCAUACGUUAUUCACAACAAGGAGGGCGGAUUGAUUUUCCUCAAACAAACUGCAAACUGAAUGAAACUACUUUAAUUUAUCUGCAGCUCUGUCAGGGAUCGAUGCAACACCUCUUGCUCUUUACAAUCUCUGGCUUAUUUGUUCAUCCCUCCUUCCCACCUGGUUCUGUCUGACAGGAAAACAAGGCUUUUACAGCACAGUGACUUGUAAGCUUCUUUUAAUCUUACACACACACACACGGUAGAUCAGGAUUGACCUAAGAAAACAAGCAUUCACUCCUCCUCCUGUGUCAGUGUGGUGAGUGUUUUCCUCUCUUCCAUGUGAAAGAGGAAUCCCUCCUCCACUAUCCCUUCAUUUCUGUUCUAUCACUCCUUCACAUUAUUUUCAUUUUGCAGUCCAUCAUUUCAACCCCCAAACUGCAAAUCCACUCAUCUAAAGAAACACUGAACUCUGAAUGACUGAUUCCCUGGCCUAGCAGUUGCCAAACAGUCACACCCACACAUACAGGAAGUGAUGCCAGGUGGCAGUAAGAGUGGAGGGCGGGGUCCAUCCUCGUCACCCCUCCCCCACACCGUGGUCCCGCCCAGCAGACCCCUGCGACCCUCCCGUUAUGUCCCGGUGUCAGCAGCCACCUUCUUCCUUGUUGGCUCCACUACGCUUUUCUUCUGCUUCACCUGCCCAUGGCUCUCAGAGCGUUUCUCAGUCGCCGUGCCCAUCUACAAUGGAGUCAUCUUCCUGUUUGUUUUGGCGAACUUUUGUAUGGCCACAUUCAUGGACCCCGGUAUCUUCCCAAGAGCUGAGGAGGAUGAAGACAAGGAGGACGAUUUCCGCGCUCCUCUGUACAAGACGGUGGAGAUCAGAGGGAUCCAGGUCAGGAUGAAGUGGUGUUCAACCUGCCGCUUCUACAGGCCGCCACGGUGCUCCCACUGCUCCGUCUGUGACAACUGUGUCGAGGACUUCGACCACCACUGUCCGUGGGUGAACAACUGCAUCGGCAGGAGGAACUACCGCUACUUCUUCCUCUUCCUCCUGUCUCUGACGGCUCACAUCAUGGCCGUGUUUGGCUUCGGCCUGCUUUUUAUCCUCUACCACCGCCAGAACAUCGACCGCCUGCAUGCCAUCGUCACGCUGGCUGUAAUGUGUGUUGCAGGGCUGUUCUUCAUCCCUGUUGCUGGCCUCACUGGUUUCCACAUAGUACUUGUGGCCAGAGGCAGGACUACCAAUGAACAGGUAACAGGGAAGUUCAGAGGAGGUGUGAACCCGUUCACCAAUGGCUGCUGGAAGAAUGUCUCUCAUGUCCUCUGCAGCUCACAGGCACCCAGGUAUCUGGGCAGAAAGAAGUGUGUGCAAAGUGUGUGCGUGCAGCCUCCUUUCCUGCGGCCACAGCUAACGGAGGCCCAGCUGGCUGCAAAAAUCCUGGAUAACGGCAUACAGGGAGACCUGCACCAGUCGAAGUCCAGUCUGGAGAUGAUGGAGAGCCAGUCAUGUGACGCUGAGCCACCUCCUCCUCCUAAACCAGAGCUCCGUUACCCUGGAAUCACCAGAGGGAACACGGAGGAGUGCAGUCUACUGAAUAAAGCCCCUCCCACCCCAACCAUGUACAAAUACAGGCCCAGCUACAGCCCCGGCAAGAACCACACAGCACUCACUCACGCUUACGCCAACCAGUUAAGUCGAGGGGAGAGUGUUGGCAGUGCCAGGGACUCCUCCUCCUCCACCUCCUCCCUCCUCCAGGCCAGCCAGCAGCCUGGUUUCCGCUCGCAGCCCAGCCUGGACCGGAGGGACACUUCAUCUGACCGAGUGGGAGGGGGAGGAGGUGGGGAGAGGAGGGAGGGAGGACGAGAGGCUGGAGGAGGAGGAGGGGGAAUCCCUGGCUACACCCUUGGUGGACGCUCGUAUCCCUCCUUCUCUGACCCUACCGUCCUAUCAGGAGUGGCGUCACAAUCUUCCAGUUCCAUGCACACCUCAGCAGGCGCCGCCCACGUCUCCGAGGCAACCACCACCUCAGCCAGCUUCAAGAGCUUAGCCAAUCAGACGCCCCCGCCUCACCACCCGUCCCGCAAUGGGAGCCUGUCAUAUGACAACUUACUGGCAGGUGGUGACAGUUUCGACAAAGGGGUGGCGGCCCCUGAGGUUUCCUCUGGCAGACCCCGCACGCCGGCAGCAGGCGGCUACAGCUCCCCCUUCAUGUCGUCACAGCAAAGAGUUGCUGAGAUGCACUCCCAGUCCUCCCAGUCACCCCAACACCACCACCGCUCCUCCCACCACCACCACCACCCCUUCCUCCAUGGCUCUUCCUCCUCCACAUCCUCCUCCCCGCCGCCUCUUCCAGACAGGGAGCAUCUGCUGGCCGAGCCCCACUCAGGCGCCAAUCAGGUCUCAGCUCCCCCCUCCUCUUCGGCCCCGCCUCCUCCACACCAUCAUCACCACCACCAUCACCACCACCACCAUUCUCAUCACCACCACCACUCGUCCUCCUCUUCCUCUACCUCCCGCCCUCCUCGCUUCGCUGUCCCCCACGCACCAAUCCAUCACGCCUACCCCUACCGCACCCGCUCCACCGACACUCCUCUGGGCUCCUCCUCCACCUCCACCACGCAUCCUCCCCGCUCCCCGCACCCCCCACCUCUGGGCAAGUCGCUAUCUUACUCGAGUGCAGCUGCCGCAGAAAUGCAGUACCGACUGGUCCGAAAGGCCUCGGCAUCAGCCGGAGCGAAUGCGGCGGGGGUAGGAAGAGGAGGUGGUGGGAUGGGAGGAGGAGGAAUACAAGCGCCGAAGGAUGAGCUGAUCCAGAUGAAACCGCUAAGUCGUACCAACGGCGGCCAGCCCCCUUCCUUCACCUCCUCCUGCUCCGCCCCUUCCUCUCCCUCUCACCCAAUGAGUGUGUCUGCCCGGCCCGGAGUGGCCUAUCCCAGCUCAGCAUUGAUGCAGAGUCCCACCCAUAAGCCGCCGGGGGGUGGGGUGAAGAAGGUGACGGGUGUUGGGGGCACCACCUACGAGAUUUCUGUGUGAGUGGCAGCCCCGGCCUCCAGCUCAGUGAGACAAGGAGGAGAUGGAGAGAAAAAAACACUGACCCCUGAAGAGGAAUGAAACUUAGUCCAGAUCUCACUCUGAACUGAACUGGCCUCCAGACACCCACCUCCAGAACUCUGCUGGUAAAAAGACAGUAGGACCUGGACUGAUGACAGCCAGGACUCUGUGGCACUGAGACUAUUUUUAUUGGAUCUUACAGGACCAAACAGGAACAGUGAUCUGGCUCGUAUUUUGUGCGUUUUUAUCCUCACGGUAGCUCAGCAGGUAGCACGAGGCAUUAGCACGGUCAGGUGUGCUCGUUCCAGCAGCGCACGGCAUUACCACUGCCAGGGUGACGAGGCCUGCACGAGGGUUUGAUUUGACUGUAGGAUGAUGAAGGUUCAGCACUUUUAAGUAAAGAAUUGACGCACGUUGUAUCGAACAUAUUUGAACAUUCCACCAUUUCCACACCCACAUUAAAAAAAAACCCAAAACGGCCCAAUCAGAGUUAAGGGCUCCCUCCCAGACGAGCAGUUUAGUGUGAACUAAACUUGAACAUAUCAGAGUGAAUUCUUUACACAGGUUUCGGCCCCAGCUGUCAGUUAAACCCUCAUUUUUAAUAAUUCAAUCCACCAGAUGGAGCAUGGUGCUGCUGCACUGGAUUAAGAACAGAAGUGGUGUUUGUGUUGCAUGGAGUCAGUAACACAGUUCACAGAAAUGCACCGCCCAACAGCGGCUCAACAAUCAGUAAAUAUUAGAUCAUGAUCUGGACUUGUGACAAUCUGCCAGGAAGGAAAUGUCACCCUCGAACUUGUGAUGGACGCAGCGACGUGAUGAAGGGAUGAACUGAAAAAAACAAAACAUGAUGCUGAUUCCCUCUGUUUGAUUCACUUGUUGAUUUCUUCCUCGAUGUGAAUAUGACUCCACGUUUGUACAGGAUGAUGUGAUUUUAAUUGUGGAUUUCUUUUUUAAACAGUGGCGUUCAUAUUGGACUGCAGCAUGCACUACAAAUACUACUAGCCACUAUAGGCCGCCGGGGUUUGCUGUAGACCGCGUCGUCUAUCUGAACAAACGGGAGGAAAAUAAAGUGAACAAGGAAAUCAUGCGGCCUUUGGGCCGUUUUCAUUGACGGGGUCUUAAGGUAGAUUUUUUUCUAGAAAAUGAAUUCCUUGAGCAAUUGCCUUGAAAAUUCAAGUGUUUUUUUUUAUGUCACCUAUUUAAUUUGAAAUUGUUUUAUAUGAAUUUCUAUGGAAAUAUAGCUAUUGAUAAAUGAAGAGUUUUUAAUAUUGACUCAGAGGGGUUGUGUUGUCAGUUUCAGGACCGUGAUUAAAAAGAGCCCUUCUGAUUGGUUUAAAGAUCGAACACGAACACGACAUGGUUCCAGUCAUGACCUCAGUUAGUAGUUAGCUGAAUGAGUCUUAGGGCCGAAGUACCAGGACCACUGUUUAAAAAAAAAAAAAAGAGAGGUUUUGUAAUAUAUAGAUAAAAAAUGUCACGUUAGGAGAAUAAAGUCAAAACUUUAUAAGAAAGUCGUCAAAAGAUGAAGUCAGGAUUUUCUGGUUGUGAUAUUUGAUCAUAAAAGUCAUUAAGAGAAUAACAACAAAAUGUUUUUUUUUCCUUGAAAGACUUUUGACUUUAUGCUGAAAGGAUUCUCUGCACAGUGGCCCUCGUACCUUUUUGAAAUUGUACAUAGGUGAAAUUCUGGUCUCCAAAUUGAUGUAAAUGAAACUUUGUUUGUGAAUGACGGCUCUGGAUGCAAUUAAAAGAAACUUACACAAA